GGAGGGUUGUUCCAAUUAAAGGGGCUGGACUUGCUUCCUUUAUAAAUGCUGCCUGCAGGACCAACGGCUUCCUUAAAAGUCAUUGGUUUCUGCGGAACAGCAAGUACCACUUUGGUGAAGCACAAAAUGCAUUUUAGAAAUUUUAACUACAGUUUUAGUUCUCUGAUUGCCUGUGUGGCAGAUAGCGAUGUCUUCAAUCAAGCAGAAACAAGGGCCAAAUUUGAAUCGCUGUUUAGAACAUACGACAGAGAUAUCACCUUUCAGUAUUUUAAGAGCUUCAAAAGAGUACGAAUAAAUUUCAGUAACCCUUUAUCUGCAGCAGAUGCUAGAAUCCAAUUGCACAAGACAGAGUUCCUUGGAAAGGAAAUAAAACUGUAUUUUGCUCAGACUUUGCACAUUGGAAGCUCACAUUUGGCACCACCAAAUCCAGACAAACAGUUUUUGAUUUCACCUCCUGCCUCUCCACCUGUUGAUUGGAAGCAAGUAGAAGAUGCUACUCCAGUUAUUAACUAUGACCUUUUAUACGCUAUCUCCAAGUUAGGACCAGGAGAAAAGUAUGAGCUACAUGCUGCAACUGACACUACUCCUAGUGUCGUCGUCCACGUAUGUGAGAGUGACCAGGAAAAUGAUGUGGAAGAAGAAACAAAGAAACCCAAACCAAAAAUUAUUCAGACGAGGAGGCCAGAUUAUACUCCUACCCAUUUAAGUUGAACUACUGUUGUUUUUCCAAGGGUUAUAAGUAAACAUAUGCAAGGGAAACAUUUACUGUGGAAAUAGCAGGUCACAGGUCUGGUGGCAACAGCAGCAGUUAUACUAGGAGAAAUUCCAAUAUAAGUUUGCUCAGAAAAAAUGUAGGAAGUUCCAUCCUUAUUUUUGAUGCUGCAGGUUGAUGGAUGUCAUGAGUGUAUUCCCAGAUCACUGGGAACAAAAGAUAGGCAGAAGAAAACAUUUUGAGACUUAACAGGACAAACUAGGUUUAUUUUUUUGGGGGGUACUGUAGGCUGUUCCAUUAUAAAGCAACUGGGGGAAGCUUUCUUUGUUCUGACUCACAUAAAUCCUCAAACUAAUAGGCUAGUCAUUGUGUGGAAUACAUAGUGAUAACAGAGGUGGUUUUAAAAGAUUAAAGUAUGAGAAUUGUAAACCUUUUUCUUACAAUAGAUUUUGUGCAUGUGGAUUCUUGGUCUUCUGAAGUAACUUUGCAUUAUUUUCUAUAGUUUCUCACAUUUUCUGGAAAUCCGGGAAAUUGUUUAAAGUAUUUAUUAUCUCAGCAUCCCAGACUUACUACUAGAUGUGUAUAUACAUAUAUAUUUAUAUUUGUUUUUAUUGGCACUCAUUUUCCAGCAGGCAUACAAUUUCUUCGGCACCUUAUUUUGGUGCUAUGUAACUUGUGCUUUUAAAAUUUUAACCUUUUAAAUGCCUAUAUAGGGUUUUAUCUGGCAAAGUAAUGGAAAAAUGUGCAAUAGGAAAGUUGUUUAAAUAAGUUGAUUUUAAAUUAUUUAAGUUUAACUAAGUUAUAUCGUCAAUAACAUUUGUUCAGUAGCUUUGACUUUCUCAUUUGGAAAAAAGUACUCUUAAAUGUAUAAAUAAAGCUAAUGUUGCAUAUUCACAGCAAUGUAAUUUUUCAGUGAAAAAAAUGGUAAUGGAGAGACAUGAACUCUACUCAGUAUGUGAAUCUGCAUUGUUGGAGCAAAGGUUUAACAGUGAUUGAAAAAUUGCACAGAGUGUGUAGAACAGCGAAGAGAGAUGGAGUGCCUUUUCCUCAUUCAUUCCUGAUGUGAACUGUUCUACAAGCUGCACACUUGUAUCUUUUUCUACUGGCUUUGUAUGCUCAUAAGUAUAAACUUUCUCAGCUUUGCUUCCGAAAUAAGCUGGUAUUUAGAAAUGCUUAACGCCAAGUAACGAUACGUACUUAAGUAAUGGGUGUAUGUGGGAGAAGCUUUAGGGUGUUUUAUAUGUUAGUGUUUAAAGACAGUAGCUC